AUGGCGUCAAACUUGAAGCCGCUUUGUAAGUUUGGUGAAAAAUGCUACAGGAAAAAUCCACAACAUUUAAACGAUUUCAGACACCCAAAGAGGAAAUCGGAAGAGGAAGAUGAACCAGAAACCAAGAAAAGACAAAAAGUCCAACAAGAAGGGAAGAAGAAGACAAUUGAUGACUUUUUUGGCCACACAAAAAAACAACAACCAACAGAAGUUAAUGAUGAAGAAGACAGGGCUGAAAACCCUUCCGACUCUGGUGCUGAAGAUAGUGGAGAGGAUACCGGUAGUGCAGGAGCAUGCAGAGGAAAUAGUGAGGAAGAGAAAGAAGGUGAGGAAGAAGAGGAGGUUGAGGCACCAGACUCCCCUGCCGAUGUAAAGGAGAAUAUCCGCGCCAAGUUCCUUGUUGACAUGCCAGGAGAUUUCUACCAGUUCUGGGACUUCUGCAAGGCAGAGAAUCCUCACAAGCCCUGUGAUGCCUUAAAGGACCUAGGAUUCCAACUUGUUGGCCCAUUUGACAUUCUUGCUGGAAAUCACAAGGGUAAGACAAAGAACCAGCAUGGCAAACGCCCCAACUUCCUGCUGCAUUGGAGAUACUACUACGACCCUCCGGAGUUUCAGACUCUUAUCAAGGGAGAUGACUCCUCUCAGUUCCACCUUGGUUACUUCAGGGAUGAUCCAAGUGAGAUGCCAGCGUUUGUUGCCUCCAACUCUGCUGCUGUAGACUGCAUCAUUUCAUCUAAGGGAGACAACUUGUUUGCAGCUGUCAAUUGCUGCUUGGAAGAACAGCUCAAGUCUAAGGACACAGAUUCCAGCAAGAAGGCCAUGUUGAAAAGCCUGGCUGAGAAACUGAAGAAAUUUGCAGGUGAAAAGGGACACAGCCUUGAUGUGAAGUCCAAGGGUAUGAAGGAUCGAGACAAGCACGUGGUGUGUAAGUCCUUCCACAAGGCAGGUAUCGUUGUCCCUGUAGACGAAAAUGAGGUCGGGUACAGGGAGGUCCCUGAAACACCAGCUGACCUCAAGAAAAUAUUCAAGAAAAUAGCAGACAGUAAAUCCGAGGCAGAAAGAGACAUGAACUACGAGCCACUACAGGAGCUUAUAACCCUGAUACAGUUUGCCAAUGAUGAGUGUGACUAUGGGGAGGGGCUGGAGCUCGGCAUGGACCUGUUCUGUUAUGGAGGAAAGGUGUUUCACUCCACCAUUCUGCAGUUAUUGCCCCUGGCGUACAUGCUGUUGAACAGGAAUGAGUUUGGAAAAAUCAUAGAAGCCCACUUGAAAAACAGACAGAAAAGUGCUGAUCUCAGUCAGUUAUGAAGUGUUAAGACUAUUUUUGUAGUACAAUACCUCAUGUCAUUAAACUGUGAAGUUAAACAGGAAUGAGUUUGUAACCAUCAUAGAAUGCCUAGAAAAGUAGACAGAAAAGUGCUAUUUUUAACCAGGUUUUCACUAAGUGAAACCUGGUUAUUAGAAUGACAUACGUUGUUGUUCAGGGGUGGGCAGCGUCAAAAUCACCUAUGAAACUGAAUCACUUAAGUUAGGGUUGACUUAUUAUCACCAAACUUUGUUUUUAGGAGGAGCAAAUGUAGUCCUUUUAUUGGAUUGCGUUUGUGGCCCGUAGGGUCAAGGUCACUGUUACUAAAAAAACCAGUUGAAACUGAAUAACUUUAAUUAAGGUUCACAGAUCUUCACUUAAUUUGGUAUUUAGGAAGAGUUUAUUGAGACCUUUCAUUGGAUUGCGUUUUGGGGCCCCUGGGGUCAAGGUCACUGCUACUAAAAAUAGAAAAAUGGUUGAUACUGAUUAACUUUAGUCAGGGUUGACACAUCUUUGGUAACAUUGGUAUUUAGGAAGGGUUUAUAGAGACCUUUCAUUGGAUUGUGUUUGGGUCCCCUUGGGUCAAGGUCAAGGUCACUGUUACUAAAAUACACUAAAAUAGAAAAACGGUUGAAACUGAAUCUCACAAUAAACGCUGAAGUUCUCCUGCAAUCAUUAAAAAGCUGGUUUCAUCGCAUUGUGGUGUUUUCUUAUUAUUAAUUACAUACCUCAUGUCCUCAAUUGAUUGAAUUAAACUAGAUAUAAAGCAUGAGGUGGUCAUGUGUCUGCCUCUCAUGGAAGGCGCCCAGGGGCCAUGAUUAAGAACAGUCCCAAAUCAGUCUCAAGAGUCUCAAGAGAAAAAUUGACAAAUCCAUGCUAUUUUAACUUUCUUUCUAGUUGAGUUUUGAUGAUGAGAUUUACUUCUCUGUAAAACGAAUGGAAUAAUGAUGAUUCUUGGUAUUUUAAUAAAAUUGCUUUUUUGAGUGUA